UCACGUGACUGUGGGGCAAUUUUAUAAAAGUCACUUGAAAGUCGUCAUAUUUUUUUCCACCAUUACAAUGCUUAUCCUUCGCUAGCUGUUAGUUCUUAGGUUGUGUACUUCUUAAGACGAAGAGUUUAAACUUCGUUUUCCAUGUUCUGAAAAACUGUACCAACGAUGGCCACUCAAGAGACAGAGUUAACACCUGGUAACGAUGCGAGGAAUGACCAGAAUAAUAUCUUUAAUUUGGAUCCGAGGGUGACUUACGAAAACAACCAUGAUGGCGACGAUAACAGCGUCAAGGAUAUGUCAACGGACAGUUCUAGUAACGAUUCAACUUUACAUGCCUUAAGCGGUUUAUAUGCUCAAAUAAUCCUAGUUGUCGCCGCAAUAUUAGUUUUCACCGAGCUACUGCACGGUCCAGUGCCAGUUUUCUUUUUCCAUGGAUAUCUUUUUACGUAUUUGGUUGGUGGAGGCAUUAUUUGUUUUCUUGGAGCAUAUGUGAAUAUGCUGAUGAAUAAAUGUCCCAGAUGGUCCGAAAGUGGUUACAACGGAGCCAGAGCAGUUUUUUCCACUAAGUUCGUGAAAAACUUGUUUUUCUCCGAUAUCAGUAUAUACUUAAGAAUUGGCUCUGUCGUGUUCGGAUUGGGCACCUUAAUAUCAAGCGGACUUGAAGUUGCUGCCAUUUUCACGGGACCCAAAAAAUGUAUGGAUGAUUUGAAUAUGAUGCAACCAGUCCUACGUUGUCUUUUCAGUUUCAUUCAAAUGCAUUUCCUUUUCAUGAAUACGAAAGACAUGGUUAAUUCUUUCCGCUGGUUUCGCCAUUUUGCUCUCAUGCAUUUAGUUGCCACAAAUUUAGCCAUUUGGAUACGAAUAAUGUUAUGGGAGAGCACCAGAGAUUGGCUGGAUGCCAUCCACUACAAGCACAAUUCCAGCAUUCCAUGGAUAGAUGCGAAAUUUAAUGUCUCGAAACACAGUCUUGAUUCGGAUACUAAACACCAAGAUCAUGCCAGACAUAAGCCUCACCACAGAGUUCAUAUUGCCGUGGCACGCCAUUGCAUCUGGGAAUCAUAUGACCACCACGCUGAGACUGAAGGUCUGAUGGAGUUCCAUCUGUGUAUGCAAAAUUCUACUAUUGGUGAUAUAUGGGAAAAAGCGAUGCCCUACCUAUAUCCCUUUUUGGUACAAUAUUGCUUAGUUGCAACAGCAAUUAUCUACAUCACCUGGUCUAACCUUCAUUCUCACCGUUUAAAAAUGCAACGUUUCGCAGCUGUUUCUGUUUAUGGAAAAACUCCGAAUCAACACGACGAAGUGAAUUGCGGUGGCUCAACAAGAGGAUUGUUUCUCGGUUUACUUAUUCUUGUUGCUGGAAUUAUUGCUAUCAUCUUGUUUUUCGUGCUUGCUCAAGACAAAGAUUUCAAUGUCCAUUUCAUGAUCGGAGCCCUUGAGUGUGGAAUAUUUGGUAUAUCUACCUUGGCAACCAUCCUAGGGAUCGUUCAAAUUCGAAAAAUGAAGAGUAAAACUUCUAGACAAAGAAGGCUAUCAGAAUUGCUUCAAAGAAUCGGCAUGCUGGCAGUUUAUGUGUAUGGUAUUUGCAACAUGAUAGCUGGGAGCGUUUCAAUGGGACGUCUGCCCAACUUUUUGUUGUUUCUGGAUGGAACACUGAUGGUGGUUCAAGCCUUUCUUCAAUCCCUUUUUAUUCACCAAGUUGCAAAAAAGCGUCUAAGUCCUCUGAAUAUCGAUGAGAAGCCAGGCCGAGAAGUGGUUAUUUUCCUUGUUUUUAUCAAUAUCGUUCUUUGGAUUCUUGAAUCUUUCACCACUCAAAAACAACUUCGAAGCGGAUUGCAACAGGAAUUCUAUGGCGACAUUGCUUGGCCGGUCAUAACUCGUAUAGUUUUACCGUUCGUCAUAUUUUACAGAUUUCAUUCUGCUGUAGCUUUAAUGGAAGCUUGGAGAAAGUCAUACAGAGUAAAACAAAACUGAAAUGGUUUUUGUACUGAAAUAAUUAUCAGCUAAAGCUGUCAUACUUUCUCAUCUUAGUGUUUUUCCGUAGCUUAAAAAAAUGUAGCUUUUGUUAGGAAAUAUAUUUUUAUUCUUUUCAUUCACUCACAUGUAAGGCAUUAUAUUAGCAUUUAUUUUUAUGAACUGAAAUGUAAAUAAAGUUUUGAGCAAAAAU